AUGCGUGAGAACGACGAAACGCCAAGUCCCAGAGAAACAGUACCACUAAUGGCAUCACCAAGGAAUAACCCGUCACAUCGUGACUCAUUGACUGCUCAAGAAGAAGAAACCCUUAAAUAUGGCGCUGAACAUGUCAUUAAACUCUUCGUACCUGUGUCCAUGUGCAUGUUGGUAGUAGUGGCCACGAUCAAUUCAGUGAGCUUUUACAAUGUAAAAGAUAUGUAUUUAUUGUACACACCAUUUCACGAGACCAGUCCAGAGGCAUCCACCAAAGCACUAAAUGCUGUAGCCAAUGCGGGUAUUUUGAUAACUGUUGUUAUUAUAAUGACUGUUUUCUUAAUUGGAUUAUACAAAUAUCGUUGUUACAAAUUGAUACACGGAUGGCUUAUCAUGUCAUCGUUGACACUCCUGUCCAUGUUCACUUGUCUGUACAUUGAAGAGAUUUUAUACACAUAUAAUAUUCCCAUGGAUUAUAUAACAUUUUUUCUGAUAAUAUGGAAUGUCGGUAUGUUGGGUAUGGUGUGUAUACAUUGGAAAGGCCCGUUGAGACUUCAACAAUCUUAUCUGAUUUUUAUUGCUGCUCUUAUGGCACUUGUAUUUAUAAAAUAUAUGCCCGAGUGGACCACUUGGGUCGUACUAUUUGUCAUAUCUAUUUGGGACUUAGUUGCUGUACUCACUCCACGAGGUCCUUUACGUAUUUUAGUUGAGUUAGCGGAAGAGCGAAAUGAACAAAUAUUUCCUGCACUGAUUUAUUCUUCUACAGUUGUGUACAUGAUAAACCGUUCAGAUAGUGUUGAUAGUACCACAGACAGUCAAAAUGGAUUUACUAGGACAUGGGUGGAAGAACAUCAACGCCAACAGCCCCCGCUUGAAGAAAUUAAAGUAUGUAGAAGAAUAAUGGAUCAAGAUGAAAAAGGUGUCAAACUCGGAUUAGGUGAUUUCAUAUUCUACAGUGUUUUGGUGGGCAAAGCAUCGUCUUACGGAGACUGGAAUACCACAUUAGCAUGCUUUGUGGCUAUACUUAUUGGAUUGUGCUUGACACUUUUAUUAUUGGCCAUAUUUAGACGUGCUUUGCCUGCUUUACCAAUAUCAAUCACUUUUGGACUGGUAUUUUAUUUUGCUACUCGAGGACUAGUAAAACCAUUUGCGGACAUGCUUGCUUCAAAACAAAUUUUUAUAUGA